AUGGAGCAACAGCUUGAAACGACGACCAAGGACAAAGACGGCGAGCAUGAGCACAACGUGGUCAUCAAGGGCGACGACUCGGAUGGGAAACUCGACUGGUCCGUUCGUGCCUUUGUGGCCUACCUCUCGCUCUGUUUCGUCUACACUGGCUCGCAGAUGCCGCUCUACUUCUGUGCUGGGGGUACCAGUUACAUUAUCGAGGACAUCGGAGGCUCAACCACGAGUUCCUGGUUGCCAGUGGCAUACACCCUUUCAGCAGCAAUUCCCAUCCCCUUCACUGGCUACCUUCAAGACAUCUUCGGCCGGCGCCCCAUUGCUUUAGCUUCGACAGUGUUGGUCAUAGUUGGCUCGAUCAUCAUGGGCACCGCCCACAGCUUUGGCCAAGCCGUGGUAGCCAUGACACUUUGUGGCAUUGGCGCAGGUAUCGCCGAACUGUCAGCUCUUGCAGGUAUCACCGAAGUUGUUCCCAUUCGAGCAAGGGGCUACAGUGUGGCAAUUAUGACCGCCAUAGCAACCCCCCUCGGGCCAUAUGUUCUAUACUGUCAGCUCCUAGCUACAAGGGCUACCUGGAGAUGGGGAUUCUGGAUUGUCUGCAUAUACCAAGGUAUCGCACUUGUCGGAGUUGCAUUGCUAUACUUUCCGUCUAAGCAUUCGAGACUGGUCGGUUUGCGUCGACGGGACAUCAUCAGAGACAUCGAUUACAUUGGCGGGCUCUUGUCGUUGGCAGGCUUGACUCUAUUGCUUGUGGCCUUGCAGAAUGGCGGCUACCUCCACCCGUGGAAGAGUGCUGCGGUCCUCGCCCCCCUGAUCACCGGUAUCUUCGCCCUCGUGGCGUUCGUGGUAUGGGAAAUUCGAUUCGCAAAGGUCCCAAUCGCGCCACCCGAGCUCUUCCGGCGCCGCGUUAUCCGGAUGGCCUUUAUCAUCUCCUUCAUCGCCGGCAUGAACUUCUAUUCCCUUACCAACUUUGCCCCGACGUAUUUCAGCAGUGUCUAUCCGGCAGACCCGAUUCUGGUUGGAGGUAGAGGUGCAGGUAUGCCAACAGCUAACAUUUUCGGUGCUGUGUUUGGGAACUGGUUCAUUUCGCGGUUCCCCAAGUAUGCGAGAUGGUCGAUAGCCGCGUCUUGCAUCACAAUGACGGCUGGCAAUCCAACGAAUCCAGGUUUUGUGACGGCGGCAACCGUCGUUGCUGGAUUUGCAGUUGGUGGAUUGAUUGUGCCGGCGGCAACCAUCGCGACCAUUGCUUGUCCAGACGACAUGAUUGCCACCACCGCUGCGCUGACUCUGGCCAUCCGUGCGAUUGGCGGAUCGAUUGGAUUCACCAUCUACUACAACAUCUUUAUUAACAAGCUCGACGCCAAACUUCCAGCAGAGAUUGCCACAUAUGCGAUUCAGGCCGGACUCCCUGUCGACUCAGCGACGGAGUUCGUCACUACCCUCCUGACCAAUCCCGCCAGUCUGGGCAGUGUCAACGGGGUCAACUCGACCAUCAUCGCUGCUGGGGCUCUAGGCAGCCAAUGGGCCUUUGCAGAUUCGCUGAAGUACAUCUUUUACACCAGCAUCCCGUUCGGCGUUUUGGCAAUCGUCGCCGCCUUCUUUUUGGGCGACAUCGUGCCGUACAUGACUAACCGAAUUGUUGCGACUCUCAAUCACUGA